CUGCUUACAUACACUGAGGAAUUUCCGGUCAGUGACAACAACACAAAUUGUAACACGUAACACAUCGAUUUUUUUCUGUCAAAAAACAUUGAGAUGGCUGAUGAUGUGGAACACCCCUCGACUUUACAGAACGAAAAUCCACAAAUCGUAUCUGACGCCUUCAGCACCGCCACACAGAUAUUGCAGCAGUACGGAUGGUUUAUAGUGCUAGGAUGUCUAUUCCUGCUGUACAUCCGCUCAAAAAUAAAACCUGCUUACACCCAGAUGAAGAGGAGAGCAGAAGAAAGCAGAGACAAAAAACUCGAUCCAGAUGUUGCCCAGAGCCGUUUAGAAGCCAUGGAGAGAGCGCGGCAGAAACUGCAAGAGGAACAUGAUGCAAGAGCUUCACUAUACAAGGAAAAACAACUUGUGAAAGAAGAAGAAAAAAGACAAACAAAAAUUGAAGAAUGGGAAAACCUUCAACAAGGAAAAGCAUAUCGCUCCAAGAUCAAACCUAGAGAAGAAAACACAGAAAUACCAAAAGGGGUAAAACCAAAACCGAAACUCAGGGAUACAGAUUACAACCCGCUGAUGGGCGGAGGGGGAGGAGGGGGGAGUUUCAGACCCUCCCGACGAGCAGGUGGCGGGGGAGGCGGAUGAGGUUAAUUUGUGUGUCAGAUCACCAAACUUCAUGAGGAGUUUGGUUCGAUAUGACACACAGAUACGCGUUGUUUUUAAAUUAAUUUCCUGAUGGUGGUAGAUAUUUACCUUAGACAUUUGUUUCGACUAAAUGUAACGUGAAAGGCUAUUUCUCUAAAAAGGGACCAGAGUUUUAAUGAAUUAAAUGUUUAAUGUCACAAUGAAAUUUCGUCACUUACCAUGUUCAACAAGUUUUGAAUUUCUUAUCUUAUUUCUUUUCAAAUUGAACACAUUACAAACUGUAUGUCAGUAGUGAUUCUGUUGCGGUAACGACUUCAGUAAAAUAAUCAAUAAUUUCUGAAGAUUUCUUAACAAGAUAAAUGUCUAUUAAAGUCAUAUUGGUACAAUGCGCUAUCACUAUCAGGAAAUAAAGGUCACCCAAUGCUUUUGAUGGAAUCACUGGACAUUAAGGUUUAUCAAUAUCUCUUGAAGCAAAUCAUAUGUAUUGUCAAUUGGGAGUCUAUAUAGUUUCUAACUUUGAGAUAAAUGGUAAGCCAUACAUGUCCCCUGAUUCUCCAUGACGUCAUACCGGUCAAGAGUUCGACUCACCGGCAUAACUGAUAUCAUCGAAGCUUGGUAAUAACCGUUUUUUUUAUUUUGAAAUCUCAAUAGGUACUGCAUAUAUAUUGUCUUGAAAUGAUUUAUACAGGUAAUAUGUUGAACUAACCUUUACAUUUUCUGUACAUGUGUAAAUUGUAUAUGAAACGAAUUUACCAUAUUAUGUCACGUAAUAAGACCUGAUUAGGAAAACUAGCCUUAAUGUGGAAUUGCAUAAUGAUAUGUUAAAAUACCAUCAUGGUUACAUAGUGAAAUCCAAUACAUGUUAAUUUGUAAUUUUAUCGAUUUCACAGGUAAGGCUGUUAAGGUAGUGAGUAUCCUGUUUUGUCAGGAUGCAUUUUUCACAAUUCGUUAUCUGAGAGACAGGUUUAUGAGUGUCUUUUAUAAAAUAUGUAAUUCGUUCAGGACUUUGACAGAAAGAUAGAGUGAGAUGGGUGUAAGAUAGUGAAGGAAGAGAGAGAGACUGAGAGUGAAUAAAUUUAUAUUGAAAUGUCGCUUUGAUAGAGUAUAAAAUAAACAAUUUAAGUUAU